CAAUACAAUAGCAGAUGAUAUUAUAAACAGAGUCCAGUGCUGUGAGAGAUCAGACAGGUAGAAGACAGCAGCAUGUAGACAGUGGAAUAUAAUAGAGGACAGUAGAGUAAAGUAAUGUGGACUACUGUGCCAGAGUGGGGGGGGGGGAGAGUAGAAUUGAUCGGGCUGACGUCACAGACUCUCUUCCGGGUGUGAACUGAUUCUUCAGAUGAUUGACCAGCAGCUACAGGUGUGUCGUUAUUAAUGCUCUGGAUCGUGACCACGCCUGCGCCAGCGCUGGAAGGCAGCUCAAGAGGAACACCAGCUCCUUUCAUGCCCUAACAUGUUGAGAGAAAAGCCUGAAAACUGGAUGGAAAAGAGAAAAAGAAGACAGAGGGCGGAAUAAACUAAAGAGCGAGUUUAGAAGAAGAAGAAGAAGAAGAAGAGGAAGCACUACAAAUAUGAAUCCAGAUCCUAUAGUCACAGAGCUGGACUCUCCCAGCAAUGAACCAGUCCAGAACUCAGACCACCAGGAGCCAGAGCUGGACCCUCUUCUGGUCUGGGCCCCCAGCGGCAGGCGGCUGAUCUCAGGUCUGCUGGGUCUGAACGUGGUGCUGCUGGGAGCUGCUCUGGUGGCCGGGGAGGCUUUUAACCCCACGGGACUGAAGCACCACGAGCCCCAGGUGUUCAUGCUGCUGCUGCUGGGGGUCAGUCUGGUGUGGCUCCUGUGGUACCUGCUGUGGGCCAGGAGGCAGCCCGACAUCUGCCCACAUAAAGACCACCACGCCGGGGGGAUCACUGUCACCGUGGUCCUGAUGCUCUUUGCUGCCUUCAGUCUGCUGCUGUACGUCUUCAGGAUCGGUUAUCUGAUCAGUAUGAGGGACUGCAAGCCGGCUGCUAAAGUGGUCGCUCCAUUCAUCGAGGCGCCUUUCCUGGCUCUGCAGACAUAUUUACUGUGGGCUCACUCCAAAGACUGCAUCCACAGACACAAGAUAAUAACCAGGUCCGGCCUGAUGUUGAUCCUCUCCGCUGACCUGCUGCUGUGGCUGAACGCAGUGACCGAAGACACCAUCCACACAGAGAUCGAGUUAGAAAAAGAAGACAGGCUCGAUUUCAGCAACACAAAAUCAUCUGGAGCAGACGUGACUGAUUUAACAGGAGUUGCCAACUCAACCUUCUGUCAGUGCAGUGCGAGUGCAGCCUGCCUCACCUUCAGGAAAGCCAUCGAAGUCCUUUACCCCUUCAACAUGGAGUACUACCUGAUGGCCGGCUGCAUGAUCUACGUGAUGUGGAAGAACGUGGGCCGCAGGAUGAGUCCAGAUCACCACCACGUCACCCAGAAGCUGACCCUUCAUGUCGUCUAUGAGGGUGGGAUCAUAUUCGGCCUGGUGCUUGGCGGACUCGUCCUCGUCGCAGGGGUGACCGUCUUCAUCUUCUACCAGGUUUGGGUGGGUCAGAAGCAGCUUCGCCUCACCGCCUUCCUCAUAUUCUACGGCUACCACUUGGGCGUCAUGCCCGUGAUGUCUCUCUGCUGCCUGGCCGGGAUGCUGGUCCACAGGCUGGAGAGGAGGGCGAACGAAGGCGGACACAACCCGACUCGUAGCCUGGACGUGCUCCUCCUGGUCGCCGCAGCUCUGGGCCAGCUCGCCCUUUCCUAUUUUUCCCUGGUGGCGGCCCUCGCCGUGGGGACCGAGGGGCCUCUGGGGAGCCUCGACCUGUCUUACUCUCUCCUCAGCCUGCUGGAGCUCAUCCUCCAGAACAUCUUCAUCAUCGAGGGCCUCCACAGGCACCCCAGUCUCCUCGCCAAGAAGAAGGAGAAGCAGCGGAGCAGCAUUUUCAAGCCGAGGAAAAAGGUCACUGCGUCGAUACAAGAGGAGAGGAAGACGGAUAUUUCACUCCUGGAGGGGAACACACCAGCUGCAGUUCAAGAGCAUGAUGGGAAAAAACCCUGGACCAAACAAGCGUUAAAAGAGAUCUGCGCUUUCCUCAUCCUCUCCAACAUCAUGCUGUGGGUCAUCCCUGCAUUCGGAGUCCACCCUCAGUUCGAGAACGGCCUCGGGAAACAGUUUUUUGGCUUCUCCGCCUGGUUUGUUCUGGUGAACCUGGGCCAGCCGCUCAGUGUUUUCUACAGGAUGCACUCAGUGGGAGCUCUGAUGGAGCUGCUCAUCACUGCAUGACGAGAAGCAGACUACAUGACUGUCACAGUAGAAAUAGAUUAUAAAUUAUUUAGUUUACAUGUUUUGUCGUGGCUGCUUUUCGUGGUUUGAGCUCUUUAGUUCAUAUUCAAGGACUUCUUAAUGCUACAGCGCGCAGUGAUGUUUGAUAAAUGUGUUUGUAUAACUUUGUGUUUGUCUCUUUCCUGUUUCAACAUGAUGAAAGCUGCAUUCCGCAUACUUUCUUUUUUUUUUUUUUUUUUACCUUGGUGCAUACAGCAGCUGACCUCACAAAGUACACACUGUCAAGUUGUCACCUGUGUUCUCUCGUUGGCUCAGUCGAUGUAACGCAUCAUCCACUGUGCAGAGGAUUGUGGGUCUUUUAUCCAAGUUCGGUGUGGAAGAACACGACCAGUUAACAAGAUCUGAAACAAAACUACAACAUUUUACAACAAUAUGCGAAAAAAUUAAAGCGAAAUUGUGCUGGAAAAUGUAUUAUUUCAUAUUUGUAUACCUGAUUCAAUUAACAGCCCUUAAAAUGUUUGAAAUGCCUUUAUUUGACUGUCUCCAUGUUCUGUUACCUUAUACUUCUACUGAACUACAUUUCUGUAAGUUAAUAUCGUACUUUUUGCCCCACUCCAUUUAUUUAAUAACUUUAGUUUAGUUUUUUGCAGGUAUGUGCAAAGAGGCACUUCAUAAACUUCAUCUGCAUCUAGAUAAAAAAAAUCACCAAUUUUAAUUUAAAAAAUGCAGAAUAUCAGUUAUAUCUAUAAUUUACUUCUUCUUGUACUUUUAAUAAUAAAGUAUAUUCAAUGUCA